AUGGCAGUACUGCUCGUGGUAGACGACUGCAAUAAUGGCAGGAUCAGGAGGGAACGCGUCUUCAGGGACCACACUGAUUUACUGGCCCACGAUGAUGACUGGCUGUUCAGCCGUUUCAGAUUUCCAAGACCCAUCCUCUUGGAAUUCUGUGCUGAGUUGGGUCCGAGUCUGGAGAGGGGCACAAGGAGGAGCCACCUACUACCUGUCCCCCUGCAAGUGCUGACCACGCUUGGUUUCCUGGCUACCGGGUCCUACCAGUGCGAGUUGGCAGACCGGUCAGGAAUAAGCCAGUCCGCACUGAGCCGUGCAAUGCUAGCUGUAUGGGACGGGAUCAUCCGCAUGUUCGGCAGGUACAUCCGAUUCCCGUGUGGUGCAGCUGACCUUGCAAAUAUUAAAACGCAAUUUGCAGCGAUUGCCGGUUUCCCUAAUGUAAUCGGUGUGAUUGACUGCACACACAUUGCAAUAAAGGCGCCGUCGGUGGAUGAAUUUGCGCUCGUCAAUUGCAAAAACUUUCAUUCCAUCUACGUGCAGAUCAUAUGUGACGCACAGAUGCGCUUCACAAAUGUUGUGGCAAGGUGGCCUGGCUCGACCCACGACUCCUUCAUCCUCACCAACAGCCUGGUGGGGAUGAGGCGCCAAGCUGGCAGGGUGCGGAAUGGAUGGCUCCUUGGUAAGUGA